GCCCCGCAGGUGCUCAGCCUGAAGAUGGCGGCAGCCGUGGAGCUGACGUGCCUCGAGAGAUGGCUGGGUUUGCGAGGGGGACGCAAAUACGGUGCGCAGGGCGAGCGGCAGGUUCCUGUCCUUCAAACAAACAAUAGUCUAAGUCUAACAGGAUUGACAACUAUAGCAGCUUACCUGGUCAAGCAAGCCAACAAAGAAUAUUUACUUGGGAACACUGCAGAGGAAAAGGCAAUUGUUCAGCAGUGGCUAGAAUAUAGGGUAACUCGAAUAGAUGGGCCCUGUGGUAAAGAGGAAGUCCGCAUUCUCUUGAAGGAUCUUAAUUCUUACCUUGAGGAUAAAGUCUACCUUACAGGAUAUAACUUUACCUUAGCAGAUGUCUUACUGUACUAUGGGCUGCACCGCUUUAUAGUUGAUCUGACAGUUCAAGAAAAGGAGAAAUAUCUUAAUGUGUCUCGCUGGUUUUGUCACAUUCAGCAUUAUCCAGGCAUCAGGCAACAUCUGUCCGACGUCAUCUUCGUCAAAAACAGACUGUACACCAAUGCCCACUAGAAGUCAUAUGUGCAGUGGAAAUAUCGUACAUGGAAAUUUUAUUCUGCACCAGAAGACUGAUAAAUUGAAAUGCCGCCAUUCUUUAUUUGUUGAACUUGGUAGAACUCUUAAAUGUAAACUUGUGUCUAAGUGUUUUAUUCUUUAGUUGAAACUUUUUAUGUAAAACUUCAACUACUGUCAGAACUUGUUGAGAUCAUUUUAAUUACCCUGACAAAACUUAUUUUAAUUAAAGUUGUAAACCAGUG